AUGGUAACAGAAGCCCUUCCCGUGGGUUGCACUUCGUGUCCCGAAAAAGAUGAAUAUACCGCUCGACGACCCAGCAUCAGUAGAUCCUUCAGAUCCGAGGAUCGUUCUUCAAAUACGGCGGCGCGCCUUCCUCUUCCGCCUAAAUCGAAUUCUAUAGUUGAGGCUACGAGGGUGGCGCCGUUUCAACCGGCAACUCGUGUGGAUUCGAAUACGCCAAAUAAAACGGGUACGAAGGUUGUUUCGAUUCGACCAGCUCUUCAUGUGGAUUCCAAUACUCCUAAUACAAUGGGUACGAAGGUUGUUGCGAUUCGACCGGCUCUUCAUGUGGAUUCGAAUACUCCAAACACAACGGGUUCUGCGAUUGAGACACCUCCUCAAAGUCCCAGAGUACCUGCCUUGCAAAAUACACAAAAUACUACAAACCGCUUGCGACGCGAUUCGAGCUUUCGCAAAACAUAUCCAAGCGAAAAGCCAGGUCCAUGCGAAAAUUGCGCUCUUACUUUGCCCAAGAAGACGAAGGAUGAUGCACCUUCAAGUCCCAAACCAAGUCCCAAACCUGCUGAAGCUGGCAAACUCGACAACGGUCCUAUCUUGCGAACACGGAAACCAUAUGAGCGCAUUGCAGGUCAAAGUACCCCUCCAAAGUCCGCAUCUUCCGAUUCAGAAGAUUCAGAAUGCGCAAUCCAGAAAGAAGAACGAGAACCCAAAGUGGAGUCGCGAAGACCCUCUAUAAAGGGUUCCGAUAAAUCCCUUACCUAUACCACGAGGGAGUUCCUCUCACACAAUCAUUUCGUUGACUACACGUCAACUCACGAACCUUUAAAAUCUGCCUCCUUCUCCAUUAUCCGUCAAUCUUGUCUCCGCACCCUAUCAUGUGAAACCCUCCCACCAUCCUCAAACACAUCACCUAAUAUCACCCCCGCUUCACCAUUCAUAUCCAGUUUCUCCUCCCACCUCACCUCCUCCACAACCACCUCAUCCGGCGGACCAAUUUUCUUCGGUGAUCCAAUGGCUGGCUAUACCACCGCCUACAUCUUCCGCAUCCCCGACCCUACCGCUCGAGGUCGUCGUCGCGUCUAUGCUCUCAUCGCUCUCUCCACCCACAAAGAACGUAUGGCCAUGCGCACCUUCUCUUUCCUCGAUGCCGCCUUUCGCGAUCUCGCAGAUUGGAUCUCACGUCUUGCUGACGAAGAACUCGCACGUUCCGAAUCAACGCCUCAAUCUCCGAGACCAGGUGAUGAGAGAAAUGGAAGUGUAAACAGUAAUAGUAGUAGUGCUUUUGCAACUGGACAGACGAGUACACCUACUUCUUCUUUCCUGAGAGGAGGUAAUAGGGGACCUGAUAGUAGAAUGGUGGGUGCGAGCUUGAAGGGUAGGGGCUUGGCGGAGCUUGUCGGUCUACCGGACUUUUUCCUCGAGUUGCAUAGUAGAUUUGUGAGAUUAUUGGCCGAGAUGGAAAGAUUGAGAUGA